AUGGCCAGGAAAGGAGCAGGAGACUUCCUGAAGGUGCUGAAUCAGUCCCCUGCACAUAGCUACUCAAGCUAUGACUCUGGCAAGAAUGAGAGUGUAGGCCGAGGUGCUGAAGAUCUGUCUCUGAACCGAGGAGAUGAGGAUGAGGAUGACCAUGAUGAGCAGGAAGAUCCUGAGAAGGUUAAUGAAUCAGAUGGGGUAGAAGCUGAACGACUGAAAGCUUUUAACAUGUUUGUCAGGCUGUUUGUAGAUGAAAACUUGGACCGAAUGGUCCCAAUCUCUAAGCAGCCCAAAGAAAAGAUCCAGGCUAUCAUUGACUCAUGCAGGAGACAAUUCCCUGAGUAUCAAGAGCGUGCCAGAAAACGCAUACGUACUUACCUCAAGUCCUGCAGGCGGAUGAAAAGAAGUGGUUUUGAGAUG